AUGUCAAAGCAUAGCACUGAUAGCGAUUAUGAAAUUGCGUAUCGCUCAACGAUUCAACCGAGAACAGCGGUACGUACACAAAGCCGUCAAUCUGGUACUUAUGCAACCGGAACUGUCGGUGGUGGUGGAGGACGAGUGCUCAAGAUGGUGACGGAGAUGGGGUCAGCCUCAAUCGGUGGCAUUAGUCCAGCUUUAAGUGCGAAUGCUGCAAAAUCGUUUUUAGAAGCUACAGAUAAAGAAAAAAAGGAGAUGCAAGGUUUGAAUGAUCGUCUCGGAAAUUAUAUCGAUCGAGUUAAAAAGCUGGAGGAACAGAAUCGCAAACUAGUCGCUGAUCUCGAUGAACUUCGUGGUAGAUGGGGCAAAGAUACUAGUGAAAUUAAAAUACAAUAUUCGGAUUCGUUGCGAGAUGCUCGUAAGGAGAUUGAUGAUGGCGCUCGCCGGAAGGCAGAAAUCGAUGUCCGUGUUGCAAGACUCCGUGAUGAUCUUGCUGAGAUCAGAAACCGAUAUGAAGAUGUACAACAUCGGCGUGAAAAUGAUCGCGAGAAGAUAAAUCAAUGGCAACAUGCGAUUGAUGAUGCACAGAGCGAAUUAGAAAUGCUUAGAGCUCGUUGGCGUCAACUUACUGAAGAAGAAAAGCGUCUUAAUGGCGAUAAUGCCAGAAUUUGGGAAGAGCUUCAAAAAGCGAGAAAUGAUCUCGAUGAAGAAACUCUUGGGCGUAUAGAUUUUCAAAAUCAAGUACAAACUCUAAUGGAAGAAUUAGAAUUCUUGCGUCGUGUUCAUGAACAAGAAGUCAAAGAGCUGCAGGCACUACUAGCUCAAGCGCCUGCAGACACUCGUGAAUUCUUUAAAAAUGAGCUUGCUCUUGCUAUUAGAGAUAUCAAAGAUGAAUAUGAUUACAUUGCUAAACAAGGCAAACAAGAUAUGGAAAGCUGGUAUAAACUCAAGGUGUCAGAAGUACAAGGUUCAGCGAAUCGCGCCAAUAUGGAAGCCAGCUAUCAACGAGAAGAAGUUAAACGUAUGCGCGACAAUAUUGGUGAUCUUCGUGGAAAACUAGGCGAUCUUGAGGCCAAAAAUGCUUUGCUGGAGAAAGAAGUCCAAAACCUUAAUUAUCAGCUUAAUGAUGACCAAAGACAGUACGAAGCGGCGCUCAAUGAUCGGGAUGCUACAUUACGUAGAAUGCGUGAAGAAUGUCAAACAUUGGUUGCAGAACUUCAAGCUUUGCUUGAUACAAAACAGAUGUUGGAUGCCGAAAUUGCGAUUUAUAGAAAAAUGCUUGAGGGAGAAGAAAGCAGAGUUGGCUUGCGUCAAAUGGUUGAACAGGUCGUCAAAACUCAUUCGCUCCAACAGCAAGAAGAUACGGAUUCAACUCGUAGUGUUCGUGGUGAAGUUUCAACGAAGACUACCUUCCAACGCUCUGCAAAAGGCAAUGUAACAAUCUCAGAAUGUGAUCCAAAUGGAAAAUUCAUAAUGCUUGAAAAUACACAUAGAAGCAAGGAUGAAAAUCUUGGUGAGCAUAAGCUGAAGCGAAAACUGGAUAAUCGUCGUGAAAUAGUUUAUACAAUUCCGCUAAAUACUGUUCUAAAAGCUGGUCGCACAAUGAAGAUUUACGCAAGAGAUCAAGGCGGUAUUCACAAUCCUCCUGAAUCGUUAAUCUUCGAUGGCGAAAAUACUUGGGGCGUUGGUGCAAACGUGGUGACAUCGCUAAUUAAUAAAGAUGGAGAUGAACGUGCUACGCAUACACAAAAAACGAUACAAACUGGGCAAUAA